GGCUAGUGAGACUACUGAYAAUAUUUUGCCACGUUGCUUGUGUUAAAUUUACAACGUUAACAAGUAAGGGUACGAUCUAAUUUARAAGGUUCCUCUCAUCAACACUGGAUCUUUGUAAAGCUACUAACUUGAAUUCACCUUGUCACAAGCUUUAACUGCCAGAAAAAGUUGAUUCAUUGUUUGUCACUUCAUUUAUUGGUCAUGAAAGUCAAAGAAAUUAAGAGAACAGCCAAUGUGGCUUGGAGUCCUGCUGAGCAGUAUCCUAUCUUUCUUGCAGCAGGGACUGCAGCACAGCAGCUUGAUGCUACAUUUAGCACAAGUGCUGCAUUAGAAAUUUUUUCCUUGGAUCUGGGUAACAGUGAACUAGAGAUGCCUAGGCAUGCCACUGUGGAAUCAGAGCACAGGUUUCAAAAGCUUAUUUGGAGUCCUUUUGGAAUUGGAGCACAAGAAUCAGCCUCUGGUUUGUUGGUUGGUGGUACUGAUAAAGGGAGUGUUGUGAUUUAUAAUGCCAAAAAAAUUCUUAACAAGCAGUCUGGAGUGAUAUUUUCUGAAAAUGAAAAACAUACAGGUGCUGUACAGGCAUUGGAUUUCAAUCCAUUUCAGCCUAAUCUCUUAGCUUCUGGUGCUGGAGACUCAGAAAUCUUUAUAUGGGACAUGAACAACCCUAAAGAAUAUUUCACACCUGGUGCAAAGUCAACUCCCCCUGACUGCAUCAGUUGCUUGUCAUGGAACMGACAAGUACAACACAUCCUUGCAUCAACAUCUCCCUGUGGUCGCUGUGUGGUUUGGGAUUUACGUAAAAAUGAACCAAUAAUACAAGUCAGUGAUCAUAGUGCCAUGAUCCGCUGCAAAGCUGUCCAAUGGCAUCCUAGCACUGCUACCCAGAUGGUUUUAGCUUCAGAAGAUGACAGGUACCCAGUCAUGCAAAUGUGGGAUCUCAGAUUUGCAGCAUCUCCCAUGAAGGUCCUAGAGGGCCAUCAGAAGGGUAUCUUAUCAAUUGCUUGGUGCCCUCAAGACCCUGAUCUACUAAUGAGCUGUGGGAAAGACAACCGCAUCCUUUGCUGGAAUCCCAAUGAGCCUACACCUGGUAAUGAGAUAGUUUAUGAACUACCGACCACAUCACAAUGGAGUUUUGAUGUGAGCUGGUGUCCUAGAAGCCCAGCAAUGAUUUGCACAUCUUCUUUUGAUGGACAUGUUAGCCUGUUUUCAUUGAUGGGUGGUGGGACCACGGAACAUGCUGUGGAGCAAAAGAAGGUUAAUGAUGCUUUUGAUGUUGAUGAUCCAUUUGGUGCACAAUUACAUCAGCAACCUCAACAACAGAAACCUGUAGAUAGCACUCCAUUGAAAAAACCACCAAAAUGGCUAAGAAGACCUUGUGGGGCUACAUUUGCUGUAAGUCAACCUUUUAACAGUACACAAGAACUAGAAAGAACAUUAUGGAGUUUCCUUAAGAUUAAUUUUGAAAGAGAACCAAGAAAGCAUUUUCUUACUUUACUUGGAUAUGAUACUGGAGAACUCUCUCAAAAGGUUKCAAGUAUAACUGGUAUUCAAGGUCUGGGUGACAGUGCAGGAGGAGUGGAUGCUGCUGAACUUGCACAAAAAAUGCAGCUUCUGACUUCCGGGUAUAACACUAGCAAGGCUGCUGACAGAAUCUAUUCCAGUGGUGCUACUACACCAAAGGUCAGUAAUAUGACAAAGAACAUGUUAACAUAUAAGUCCUUGGUGAUUGUAGAGAUGCAACUUAAUUUUAAUCAUCUACUAGUAGUAACUAAURAUAUUCAAUCAUUUGUAGGGAGCACUGCUCUUCGACAAGGUCUCCCUUUUAACAUACCAACUAGUGAUGAUACUGAUGGCCUGAUAAGCCAGGCACUGUUAACAGGAAACUUUGAAGCAGCUGUUGAUGUUUGUGUGCAUGAGGACAGAAUGGCUGAUGCAUUCCUUCUAGCCAUUGCUGGUGGUCCUGACCUGCUGGCAAGAAUACAGAAACGAUACUUUGAGAAAAGCAAGAGCAAUGUUGCCAGGCUAAUGUCAGUUGUUGUAAACCGUGACUGGAGAGAUGUUGUAGAGAACUGUGUGCUACAGAACUGGAAGGAAGCCUUGGCAGCCCUUGUAACUUAUGCCAAACCUGAGGAGUUCACUUCACUAUGUGAUCAUCUUGGUCAGAGACUAGAAAAGGAGGGAGACAAACACUUUGCCAAUGCUAUGGUCUGCUAUAUUUGUGCUGGAAAUGUUGACAAGUUUGURGCUUGUUGGUCAAGAAGUAUGCCAUCUGAGCCAUCUCCACUCGCUCUUCAGGAAUUGGUAGAAAAGGUGAUGGUCCUGAAAAAGGCUGUUGAGAGAGAAAGAAGGCUUAUGGUUGAAAGCGGAUCAAAUGCAUUGGCCGAAAAACUCAGUAAAUAUUCAACCAUAUUGGCUGCACAGGGCUGUCUGGAGACUGCCAUGGGAUACCUUAUGGCAUCUGGAGAUCAGCCAAGUCUAGCAGUAUUAAAGGACCGUUUGUUCCAUUCGCAACAUCCAAGUCACCUGACAACCUCCACAGCCCCUCCUCCUUUCCCAUUUCAAAGGAUGAAUGUGCUUGCAGAACCUUCAGYCCAGUCACAGACAAUGCAGCAGCAACAGAAGCCUGGCUAUGGAAUGAUGCAGCAAAAGGUUGUGCAGCCACAAAAUCCUCCAUUCCAACCAACCAUGCAGUCAGAAGCUUUACCAUACCAGCCUCACCCUACUCCUCCACUGUCAUCAUACCAAUCCAACCCCUCUCCCCCACAGCAGACAUCUUUCUACAACCCAGCUCAAUUCCAGCAGCAACCAUAUCAGGCGCCAGCUGGUCCACCCAAACCAUACCAGCCUCCUAGUGCUCCACCUACAGGUCAGAUACCUUCAUUUAGUACCCCAGGUACACAAGCUGUGACCCAACCAUCWUGGUCUCAACCACCUCCAGUAUCUAUGUACCAACCACAGAUUCCUUCUCAACCACCACAAUCACAGCCGAAGCUACCACCAACAGGGGGUAGUAUGGCAGCACCACAUAUGUACAAUCCAGCCUCACAAACUGUACCUGGUUAUACUGGUGGUAUAACACCAGGGGCACCACAGGCUAAUGUUCCAUCACCGACUGGACCACCCCCUGUUGGACCACCUCCUUCAUCAGGUGGAUGGGAMACCCACAUGCUUCACAAGAAAAAGCAGGCUGUUGAUUAUACACCACCUGCCCCUAUUACAAUGCCUUUGGUUGGUKCUCAACAACMACAACAACMAYAMCAAYASCMACAGCAGUACCAACAACAGCAAGCUCCUCAGUUAGGUGGCCAGCUUCCCCCAGGAUAUAAUCAACCCAACAUGAUGUCACAGGGAGGUCCACCUGGAGCUCCACCCAGCUUUUCAAACCGCUCAAGYAGCAUUGCACAGGAGAAGACUGCUGAGGUUGUUAAAGGUCCAAUACCURGCGAGCAUUUGAUAUUGCAAGAUACCUUUGAUGGGCUGGUGCAACGUUGUAAGACUACUGCUAACAACCCUCAAACCAAACGAAAGCUGGAUGAUGUUUCCAAGCGUCUUGAAGCCCUUUAUGAUAAACUAAGAGAUCAAAAGCUUGCAAAGCCAGUCCUUGGAGGUCUACAUGAUAUUGCCCAGGCUUGCAAAUCAUCGGAUUAUCCCCAUGGACUGAUGGCACACACAAGCCUCAUUUCCAGCGGUAGCUUCUCCGAGAUCAGCUCGUUCAUGCCUGGACUCAAGUCUUUAAUGCAAAUUGCCACGCAAUUACGAGUUUAAAAAAUGAAGAAUUAUAUUUCAUCCAAAAGCUAGCAGAACGUUGUCUUAAACUGGACAUUGGUUUAGUUUGGCUGCGUUCUUCUGGGUUUUGAGUUUUACACUGUAAUGUGAAUUAGAAAUAAAAAAUAAUAAUUUGAAA